CGGUACAAUAUACACGACACCAAUUUUGCACAUUCAUCGUUUGUAUCUGUACCAUAUCAGUUUAGUCUCAUUGUACUGUACCAUAUCAUUAGCUACAAAUUAGUCACAGAAUUGUUAUUCGUUUAUUUCUUUCGUUAAUUCCUUUUUUGUUUGUUACCGCCCAAUAAAUUUAUUGUUCAAGUCCCUUGUUUUAAAUCCGUUGAUAUGUCGAACGAUAGUAGUUUGUGUGAAGUGGAGGAGAUUUUGGACAAGCGAGUCAUCAACAACAAUGUUGAAUAUUUGGUGAAGUGGAAAAAAAGUGAGCGCGAAGACAACGACGAUGACGAUGACAGUAACCCCGAUGAUGAUAGCAGUGACGACGACGACGACGAUAAAGAAUGGGUAUCAGCUGAGCUGUGCAAUUGUCCGACUGCAAUCGCCAUUUACGAAAAAUCGCACGGGAUGUGGAAGGAAGAAUACGAAGUGGAAGGCAUCGUGGAUUCGAUUGAAGAUGAAGAUGGAAAAAUGGAAUAUUUGGUUAAAUGGAAAGGGUUCAACGUAUCGCAGAAUACUUGGGUGAAGGCAAAAAACAUGAAAGACUGUGCACAAAUAAUCAAAGAAUUUGAAGAUGGUGACCGAUACCAUAAUGAAGAAAUGUUGGAGGUGAAGGAAAUUAGUGCUUACGAAGGCCGUUUCAAUGGUGUGCCAACUUUUACCAUCAUUAAAGAGAAUGAAGAGGAAGCCACCGAGGAAUUAUUCACCAUCGAUGAAUUAUAUAUCGCAAUAAAUGGCCGUAAGGCCCUCAUUGAAUUCGAUGGUGAUUUCCCUCAGGAUUUUUAACCCUUUGAUGCGCUUUUGAAUGAUUUUAAUAUCAUGUUAUGUGCCAUGAUAAAUAGGGAAAAAUUCCAUACUUAGAUUUUUGAAAAAUUGGGUAUUUAUUGAGGAAAUCGGAAAAGAGACAAAAAUGUCAAAUUGCUGUAACAGCCUAAAAAAAAUAAAUUUCGUAAAACUAAUGAUGCACAAAGUUAAA